AUGGAAUCAGAAAAAGUAGAAACAACUUUGGAUGUUCAUGAAUCUAACGUAGAACCUACCUCCAAAUCUCUUAAAGAAAAAUUUUCAUAUGUUUUAUCGAAGGAUUUUCUCAUCAUAGUAUUACUUGGACAAUUCCUAUCAUUCUGUAUUACAGUUACUAUAGUUACCAGUACGGAAUUAUCUAUCAACCAUAACGCCGAAUAUCCCACCACGCAAACAUUUUUGACUUAUAUCAUUUUAGCCGUUGUCUAUACUCCCUACACCAUUUAUAAGAAAGGAUUUAAUGGUUGGAUUAAAAUCUUUUUAAAAAGAGGGUGGAAAUACGCGUUAUUAUCUUUAAUUGACGUCGAAGGAAACUAUUUUAUCGUGAAAGCAUACCGUUAUACCUCACUUCUCUCCACGAUGUUACUUGACACUUGGACGAUUCCAUGCGUAGUCUUGUUAUCAAUCAUCUUCUUAAAGAUUAGAUUUCAUUGGAGUCAGUACCUUGCUGUAUUAAUUUGUUUAGGUGGCAUAGCUGCAUUAAUCGUUGGUGAUUUCAAGACAGAUACGGACAUGAAUACGGGCAGCAAUUUAAUAUUGGGAGACAUAUUUUGCUUGAUAAGUGCUACUUGUUACGCCGUUUCCAAUGUUGCGGAAGAAUUCUUGGUUAGACAACGACCAUUUUGGGAAGUCGUGGGUCAGUUGGGUAUAUAUGGAACCAUAAUUAGUGGUAUACAAUUGGCGAUUCUGGAACGUGGAGAAUUAGUCAAUUCAGCUUGGGACGGGAAAAUUGUCGCAUUUGUUGGUACAAUGUUAGGUCUUACGAUUUAUAAUAUUUAUCCUGCUACUAAACCAAAAGUUGAACGUGUUAAGGAUGAAGAUGAGGGUUGA